AUGUCUGAAGUAGGACCGAUAUAUCAAAGUAUUCAAAAAAAGUUAACUGAAGCACUUAGUCCAACAUCAUUAGAAAUUAUUAAUGAAUCUCAUUUACAUGCACAUCAUCAAGCAAUGAAAGAUGUUACUAGCAAAGAAACACAUUUCUGUGUUUCAGUUGUUUCGGAUCAAUUCGAAGGAAAGAACUUAAUGCAACGGCAUAGACUUAUUUAUGGAUUGCUUAAUGAAGAACUGAAGACGGGUGUUCACGCUUUAUCAAUAAAAGCGAAAACACCCAAGGAAAUUUCUACUUAA